AUGACCGCGGAGGCUUACCUGCAAGAGGCGACGGUGUCGGCAAGCCAGUUUUUCGCGAUCUGGCGCCAUUACGACGCUGAUGGUAAUGGAUACAUGGAUGGAAACGAACUGCAGGGUUUUAUCCAAGAACUGCAGCAGGCACGACAGAAAGCUGGCUUGGGCUUAACCCCAGAAAUGAAAACUUUUGUGGACCAUUUUUCAAAGACUUCUGAUGGAAAAAUAGGAAUUGUAGAGCUUGCUCAGGUACUGCCAACAGAAGAGAACUUCCUAUUAUUCUUUAGAUGCCAGCAGCUGAAAUCUAGUGAAGAUUUCAUGCAGAUAUGGCGAAAGUAUGAUAGUGACCAUAGUGGAUAUAUUGAGGCUGAAGAGCUUAAGAACUUUUUGAAAGAUUUACUGCAGAAAGCAAAUAAACAGAUUGAUGAUUCAAAACUAUCAGAAUACACAGAUAUUAUGCUCAAGAUGUUUGAUGAAAACAAUGAUGGAAAGCUGGAACUGACAGAAAUGGCCCGGUUAUUGCCAGUACAGGAAAACUUUCUCCUUAAAUUUCAGGGUAUUAAAAUGUGUGGAAAGGAAUUUAAUAAAGUUUUCGAUACAUUUGAUUCAGAUGCAAAUGGCUACAUAGAUGAACAGGAAUUAGAUGCUUUGCUAAAAGAUCUUUGUGAAAAGAAUAAAAAGGAAUUAGAUAUCAAUAACCUUGCAACCUACAAGAAGAACAUUAUGGCCUUGUCCGAUGGAGGAAAACUUUACAGGACAGAACUUGCUCUCAUCCUCUGCGCUGCGGAAAAUUAAGAGACCAUCUCUCAUUUCCACUCCAACUAGUGAUAUAUUGUAUCUUAAAAAAAAUAAAACAAAACAAAAUUAACUGUGCAUUAUAAGAGAGUAGGCUUUAUUUCUUUUAUACUUUGUAAAUUUAAAAUUGCACAUAGAUAAUUAGCCAGGUUAUGUGGCACAUUCUUUUCAGCUUGUUUCUACUAUGUUCGUAAUGUACAGCUUUUGUAACUAAAGACGAUGUCUUAAAUUACCCUGGGCCAGUCUGUCAAUGCAUUUACCAAUAAACAUGGCUUUGUUUCUGUGAGACAUGGGAGAAAGUUUUAAGAGCACAGCUGAGAUUGGUAUUGGCUAGGUCUCCAUAAAGCAAAUAGAUUUUUGACAAUGUCAGAAAGAAACACACAUUCAAAAGCAGUUUUGGAUAAUGGGGAAUUUCUUUUUUUUCCUUUUCCUUCCUUUCCUUGUAAAGGAAUGUAGCACACGGAUAAGAGGGAGGCUGUUGGGAUCCACCAGAAUCAUUUGGUGGUGUCAUCUUCUAGAAAGUGAUGGUCAGCCUUUUUGUCAAGUGUACUAUAAGUCAAUCAGUCCAAAAUGACUAGUCACCUCUUUUUAGGAGAUAUCCCAUAUCUAAAUAUGCCAGAAACCAUCGAGAAAUGUUUUAAGAAUUUCAUUUUUAGCAGUUUCAGUCGAGAAAAGAUCUGGGCAUAGACACAUCAGCAGUGCUUUGGUUUACUAUGAUCAAGUCAACUUCCAAUAUGUUAUAAAUGUCUUGUUCUCCAGCUUCCUUAAAUUCACUACCAAGGUCAAACAGAGGCUCUGGGUGUGAAGGUGCUGAACUUCCUGAGAAGUUUUUAAGCUUCCUUGUUGCCUGGCAAGAACAACAUUGUAUUUUUACUGGACAAAUGGCAUGUUUUUAAUCAGUUAAAAAUCAAUACACAAAUUUGCCUCAUAUUUCACUUUCAAUCUUUAGCAUUUGUAAAUGCUGUUAUGUCAGAGAA